GGCUGGGAAGGUGUGGGCGACCCGGCGUGUGGCGCACCCGAAACCCUGCGUUUCAGCUCAGGGACGGAAGCCAGUUGAGGGAAAUUCUCCAUGAAUGUACGUCACAAUGAUGAUGACCGACCAAAUCCCUCUGGAACUGCCACCAUUGCUGAACGGAGAGAUACCCAUGUUGCCUCACUUGGUGAAUGGAGAUGCAGCUCAGCAGGUUAUUCUUGUUCAAGUUAACCCAGGUGAGACUUUUACAAUAAGAGCAGAGGAUGGAACACUUCAGUGCAUUCAAGGACCUGCUGAAGUUCCUAUGAUGUCACCCAAUGGAUCCAUUCCUCCCAUCCAUGUGCCUCCAGGUUACAUCUCACAGGUGAUUGAAGACAGUACUGGGGUCCGUCGGGUGGUGGUCACACCCCAGUCUCCUGAAUGUUACCCGCCAAGCUACCCCUCCGCCAUGUCUCCAACCCACCACCUGCCCCCCUACCUGACUCACCACCCGCAUUUUAUUCACAACUCCCAUACGGCGUACUACCCACCUGUUACUGGACCUGGAGACAUGCCGCCCCAGUUUUUUCCUCAGCAUCAUCUUCCCCCCACAGUAUAUGGCGAGCAAGAAAUUAUACCACUCUACGGAAUGUCAAGCUACAUUACCCGAGAAGACCAGUACAGUAAGCCUCCACACAAAAAACUGAAAGACCGCCAGAUUGACCGCCAGAACCGCCUCAAUAGUCCUCCGUCUUCCAUCUACAAAAGCAGCUGCACAACAGUGUACAAUGGCUACGGGAAGGGUCACAGUAGCGGCAGCGGCGGAGGCGGCAGCGGUGGUGGGCCAGGAAUUAAGAAAACGGAGCGGCGAGCAAGAAGCAGUCCAAAGUCAAAUGAUUCAGACUUGCAAGAGUAUGAGUUGGAAGUAAAGAGGGUGCAAGACAUUCUUUCGGGAAUAGAGAAGCCACAGGUUUCUAAUAUUCAGGCAAGAGCAGUGGUAUUGUCCUGGGCUCCUCCUGUUGGACUUUCAUGUGGACCCCACAGUGGUCUUUCCUUCCCCUACAGUUAUGAGGUUGCCUUAUCAGACAAAGGACGAGAUGGAAAAUACAAGACAAUUUACAGUGGAGAAGAAUUAGAAUGUAACCUGAAAGAUCUUAGACCAGCAACUGAUUAUCAUGUGAGGGUACAUUUUGAGAACCGUGCUCAUCAGUUCUUUUUACUGCCAUGUCCUGUGAACAUCUUGAACUUCUUGGCACCAAUUGACAAUGGUUCAAAAAUCACCAACUACCUUUUAGAAUGGGAUGAGGGAAAAAGAAACAGUGGCUUCAGACAGUGCUUCUUCGGGAGCCAGAAGCACUGCAAGUUGACAAAGCUUUGUCCAGCAAUGGGGUACACGUUCAGGCUGGCCGCUCGGAACGACAUUGGCACCAGUGGUUAUAGCCAAGAGGUGGUAUGCUACACAUUAGGAAACAUCCCUCAGAUGCCAUCUGCACCAAGACUUGUUCGAGCUGGUGUCACAUGGGUCACGUUGCAGUGGAAUAAGCCUGAAGGCUGUUCACCUGAGGAGGUGAUUACCUACACCCUGGAAAUUCAGGAGGACGAAAAUGAUAACCUUUUCCACCCAAAAUACACUGGAGAGGAUUUAACCUGUACUGUGAAAAAUCUCAAAAGAAGCACACAAUAUAAAUUCAGGCUGACAGCUUCUAAUAUGGAAGGGAAAAGCUGUCCCAGUGAAGUUUUGGUUUGUACGACCAGUCCCGACAGGCCUGGGCCUCCUACCAGACCCAUCAUUAAAGGACCAGUUACAUCUCAUGGCUUCAGUGUCAAAUGGGAUCCUCCAAAGGACAAUGGUGGUUCAGAAAUCCUCAAGUACUUGCUGGAGAUCACUGAUGGAAAUUCUGAAGCAAAUCAGUGGGAAGUGGCAUACAGUGGAUCGGCUACAGAAUACACUUUCACCCACUUGAAACCAGGCACUUUGUAUAAACUUCGAGCAUGCUGCAUCAGUACUGGUGGACACAGUCAGUGUUCUGAAAGUCUCCCUGUUCGCACACUAAGCAUUGCACCAGGUCAGUGUCGACCACCGAGGGUUUUGGGUAGACCAAAGCACAAAGAAGUCCACUUAGAGUGGGAUGUUCCUGCAUCUGAAAGUGGCUGUGAGGUCUCAGAGUACAGUGUGGAGAUGACAGAGCCUGAGGAUGUAGCUUCGGAGGUGUACCAUGGGCCAGAGCUGGAGUGCACUGUGGGCAACCUGCUUCCCGGAACCAUGUAUCGUUUCAGGGUGAGGGCUCUGAAUGAUGGAGGGUAUGGUCCCUAUUCAGAUGUCUCUGAAAUUACCACUGCUGCAGGGCCUCCUGGACAAUGCAAAGCACCUUGUAUUUCUUUUACGCCUGAUGGAUCUGUCCUAGUGAGUUGGGAGAGUCCUGAAAGCUCUGGUGCUGACAUCUCAGAGUACAGAUUGGAAUGGGGGGAAGAUGAAGAAUCCUUAGAACUCAUUUAUCAUGGGACAGACACCUGCUUUGAAAUAAGAGAUCUGUUGCCUGCUGCCCAAUAUUGCUGUAGAUUACAGGCCUUCAAUCAAGCUGGAGCAGGGCCGUACAGUGAGCUUGUCCUUUGCCAGACACCAGCAUCUGCCCCUGACCCUGUCUCCACUCUCUGUGUCCUGGAAGAGGAGCCCCUUAAUGCCUACCCUGAUUCAUCUUCUGUGUGCCUUGUACUGAACUGGGAAGAGCCGUGCAAUAAUGGAUCUGAAAUCCUUGCUUACAACAUUGAUCUUGGAGACACUAGCAUUACUGUGGGCAAUACCACCACCCACGUUAUGAAGGAUCUCCUUCCAGAGACUACCUACCGGAUCAGAAUUCAGGCUAUAAAUGAAAUUGGAGCUGGACCAUUUAGUCAGUUCAUUAAAGCAAAAACUCGGCCAUUACCACCCUUGCCUCCUAGACUAGAAUGUGCUGCAGCUGGUCCUCAGAGCCUGAAGCUAAAAUGGGGCGACAGUAACUCCAAGACGCAUGCUGCGGAUGACAUGGUGUACACACUACAGCUGGAGGACAGAAACAAGAGGUUUAUUUCAAUCUACAGGGGACCCAGCCACACAUACAAGGUCCAGAGACUGACAGAAUUCACUUGCUACUCCUUCAGAAUCCAGGCAGCAAGCCAGGCUGGGGAAGGGCCCUUCUCAGAAACCUACACCUUCAGCACAACCAAAAGUGUGCCCCCCACCAUCAAAGCACCUCGAGUAACACAGUUAGAAGGAAAUUCAUGUGAAAUUUUAUGGGAGACGGUACCACCAAUGAAAGGUGACCCUGUUAACUACGUUCUGCAGGUAUUGGUUGGAAGAGAAUCUGAAUACAAACAGGUGUACAAGGGAGAAGAAGCCACAUUCCAAAUCUCAGGCCUCCAGACCAACACAGACUACAGGUUCCGCGUGUGUGCGUGUCGUCGCUGUUUAGACACCUCUCAGGAGCUAAGCGGAGCUUUCAGCCCCUCUGCGGCUUUUGUGUUACAACGAAGUGAGGUCAUGCUUACAGGGGACAUGGGGAACUUAGAUGAUCCCAAAAUGAAGAGCAUGAUGCCUACUGAUGAACAAUUUGCAGCCCUCAUUGUGCUUGGCUUUGCAACUUUGUCCAUUUUAUUUGCCUUUAUAUUACAGUACUUCUUAAUGAAGUAAUCAAACCCAACAAAAUUAGAGGUAUGAAUUUAAUUACUGCAAAACAUUUUAAUACACACUCUUAUCCAGAUACUCCCUUUUUUAAGCCCUUUUGUUCUUUGAUUUAUAUACUUCUCUUGUUUUACAGAUUUAGCUAGGAAAAAUUUGUCAGUGUUUUGGUGCACCUUUUUGAAAUACAAAACUAGGAAGAGGUUAAACUGGAUUUUUUUUUUUUUUUUUU